GGGACAUUUACUCUAUCUUGGCUAAUGGAAAAACAUCAGGAAAAUAUGAAAGUAGAACAACAAAAACAUCAUACAACAUAUUUCCCUUUCUCGCUUGUACAUGCUCGGAAAAGAGACUCGUUUAUAAACCCUCCCAAGCAAAGGGGAGAUGCAAGCAAAAAUUCCAUAUUUUGAAGAUUCCAACAGGAGAUUGAUGAGUGAGGGGAAGCCGCAGGGACGACAAUUCAAACUUUCUUCGCCUUUUAAUCGUCUGUG